AUGAGAAAUCACAACGAAGCUUUAGAUAACUCUCAAAAGGUACAGUUCCCUUGGAAACUGCAUGCUAUCCUGGAGGAAACUGAAACCUGCGGACAUGACGCAAUCAUCUCAUGGCUGCCGAAUGGACUUGGUUUCAAAGUCCAUGAUAAGGAUGCCUUUGCAGAAGAAGUCAUGCCAAAGUACUUUAGCUCCAACAAGUUCAAGACAUUUCAACGAAACUUGAAUCUUUGGGGCUUUCAGACACUCACCAGAGACCCUGAUAGGGGUGCCGCCUUCCAUCCUCAUUUCAUUCGAGGAAAGCCAGACGAAUGCAAUCAGAUGGAACGUGUUCGAGUGAAGAAGGAAAUGAAACACAAGAAAGUGAUUCUCAAGCCAACAGGAGAGUUGGAACCACUUCAAGUGUCUGGUUCUUUUCGUCCCUCUUCUCCAAGAUCUCAAGAACAAGCCACUAUGUGCAAGGUCAUCAGUCCAACAUCAAGCCCUCCUCCACUCGAACCGAACUCCAGUUUUUGUCCGAUAAACAUGGCACCCAGCCUCACAUCCAAGCAGUCCAAUGGAAACUUGCCCAACAACAACAGCAACAAUGCACUUUCCAACAACUCGUUCUCGAUGACUGUGCGUCACUUUCAGGACUACUUUGCCUUGGAAUGCUUACGGACUGCUUCCCUCCAACCUUCACUAAACCAUCAGACACCAAGCAACGGUUUACUCCCAACUAUGGAAAAAUUUUCCAGAGCAGUUUCCACAACGUCACAAUAUCCACAAUCUUACAAAAGUUUGACUUUGACAUCUUUCAUGUAA